ACCCUGUCUGACAACCUAGAGACUGGAAUAACUCAAAAGACACCAUGAGACUGGUUCUUCCAAACCCUGGACUCGAGGACAGGAUCACCUCUCAUCAGGACCUGGAGAAGAUGGAGAAGGAGGAGGCAGGGGACAGGCCCAAAUGGGACAACAAAGCCCAGUAUCUGCUCACCUGUGUGGGCUUCUGUGUGGGGCUUGGCAACGUGUGGAGGUUCCCUUACCUGUGUCAAAGCCACGGAGGAGGUGCUUUUAUGAUCCCUUUUAUUAUCCUACUCAUCUUGGAGGGGAUCCCACUGUUGUACCUGGAGUUUGCCAUUGGCCAACGCCUUAGAAAGGGCAGUGUAGGGGUUUGGACUGCAAUUCACCCCUACUUGACUGGAGUUGAUCUGGUAUCAGAGUGCAAACGCAGCUCUCCAGUGGACUACUUCUGGUACAGAGAAACACUGAACACCUCAGAGGCUAUUGAAGACACUGGAGGUCUGCAGUGGCGGAUGGUGCUGUGUUUGGCUGCUGCCUGGAUUGUCCUCUAUAUUUGCUGCAUUAGAGGCAUUGAGACCACAGGGAAGGCUGUGUACAUCACCUCCACUCUGCCAUACCUCGUCCUCACCAUCUUCCUCAUCAGAGGACUGACUCUGAAAGGAUCCGUAGAUGGAAUCAAGUUCCUCUUCACACCAGAUCUAGAUGAGUUGGUGAACCCAGCAACGUGGUUGGAUGCAGGAGCCCAAGUGUUUUAUUCAUUCUCCCUGGCCUUUGGAGGUCUCAUCUCUUUCUCCAGCUACAAUCCUGUUCACAACAAUUGUGAACAAGAUGCUGUUAUCAUCUCCAUUAUUAAUGGCUGUACUUCUAUCUUUGCUGCCACUGUCAUCUACUCCAUCAUUGGCUUCCGGGCAACAGAGCAGUUUGAUGCCUGCCUUAAUGAAAACAUUUUGAUGCUGCUGAAUGUAUUCGAUCUGUCUGAGGGGUCCAUCACACACAGCAACUAUGAUGAAAUGCUGCGAAAGCUCAACAGCACGAUAUCAGGGUUAGAGGUCAUUCAGGGGCUGGACCUCAACACCUGCAACCUGCAGACUUUUCUAAGUGAUGGAGUGGAGGGAACAGGUCUGGCUUUUAUUGUGUUCACAGAGGCCAUCACAAAGAUGCCUCUUUCUCCCCUCUGGUCUGUCCUCUUUUUCAUCAUGCUUUUCUGUCUCGGCCUCUCCACCAUGUUUGGAGCUAUAGAGGGAACUGUGGUUCCCCUGCAGGACUUAAAUGUCUUUCCUAAGAAGUUUCCUAAAGAGGCGCUCACAGGAAUCGUAUGCCUCACUGCCUUCUUGAUUGCGCUCAUCUUUACUCUGCGGUCUGGGAGUUACUGGUUAGCACUCUUUGACGGCUAUGCAGGCUCUGUCCCUCUGCUCAUUAUCGCCUUCUGUGAGAUGAUGGCUGUAGCCUACCUGUAUGGAAUGGAUAGGUUUAACAAAGACGUUGAGUUCAUGAUUGGACACAAACCCAACAUCUUCUGGCAGGCCACAUGGAGAGUGGUCAGCCCUUUGAUUGUCUUUGUCAUCUUUGUGUUUUACUUUGCCACCAAAGUCAGUGCCGAGCUGACAUACGUCACCUGGAAUCCAAGCUCGGAGAACUUCCCAGUGUUGGAGGCAAUACCGUAUCCCAGCUGGGUCUAUGUUAUCAUCUUCCUUCUGGCUGGAGUUCCCAGUCUUUUAGUCCCUGCAUCUGCUUUGUACAAAUUAUUCCGACGCUGCUGCAAGAAAGAUUGACAAGAACAUUACACUGUUGCUUGACAGAUGUGAUCCCAUGUUUUUUCAAACAGAGGCCUGUGCAAUAAGGAUUGUUUUUAUGGUUUGGUUUGCUUUACUUUGUUGAAAUUUGGUUUGUUGAAGUGAUUUAAUUUUAAGAUAUAUGUGUGCUGAGAUAUCUUUAUUGUGUUGACAGUGUGUUGAUAAAAGGAUA